AAACCAGGCAGUUCGUGGUCUCUGCUCCCAGCAUCUAGUUCUGCUCUCCCUCCCCUACUCCUGGACAACUUAAAAAAUACUUCCCUCCUGUGAGUAUGGCCUCUGGACACCCUUUCAGCUCAGUAAUGAGGUCACCCUUCAGCCAAAGAUUGAACAGGCCCAUGGAACAAAGCAAGACUAAAGAGGCACACCAGCCCUGGGGCAGGGGCUGGAAGGCAGGAGGGAACAAGAAAGCUGGUAAUAGGGAACCCAGGGUUGAGAAGGGAGAGUGUUGACAUGUCUUGGGGUUUUUAACCAACGUCAUACAAGAAUGUGUGUACUAACUGUUUGAUGAGAAACUAGUUUGUUCCGUAAACCUUCAUCUAAAAUUCAAUAAUAAUAAUAUAAAAAAGUGAUUAAAAAAAGGAACCUCCCUGCUUUUCAGAUCCACAAGACUCUACUUCUCUUUUAUCAAAACUUACUCUCAAACCAGAAUCAGAAGUGGCCAGCAUACCUUAAUGUCACAUUUCCUUAAGAAGAAUUUAUUUUUAACAGGGACUAGCAUGUUAAGCUAUAAAAUGAGGGAGUUCUCUGAGUGGAACUCUGGGCAUCAGCAAGCAAGAGGGGAAGAUGCUAUCUUAGAGACAGCUAGCAGCAUCUGAUAACUGAUAUCCCUCCUGCCAGAGCUCCAAGAGAAGGAGAUGCCCUGCCUCAAAACAGCUAUGAGGGAGGACAGAACAGAGCUCAAGGAGAUAUACUAUCAGUGACUUCUCUGCUGCAAAUAAGGAGUCCUAGGACUGGACAGUGGCUGCGUGGGGCUGCAGGGGACGGGUGGAAGGAAGGAAGAAAGGAACAAGUGAGUAGAGGUGAGAUUAUUGGGGUGAGUAGGUAAAGAAGAGUUUUCUAAUCGGGGGGAGGUUAAGAUUUCAGGAGGUCCCUGGGUGGCGCAAACUGUGACUACUAACCUAAAGGUAGGUUGUUUGAAUCCACCAAACGACACCAAGGGAGAAAGGCCUGAUAAUCUCCAUCCUUAAACAUUACAGCCAGGAAAACCCUACAGAGCAGCUCUACUCUGUAACACAAGGGGUUGCCAUGAGUUGGAAUCGACUUGACAGCAAUGGGUUUGGGUUUUUUUUUGGUUUCAAGUUUUCAGGAAGGGAAGGGGAAACACACUGCAUUUCUAUCCUUGGCUGGGGAAUUAGGAGACGGUGGCCCUGAAGAGUUGAUUGCUGCUGCAGGCAGAUCCAUCAUGUGGGCACUGACAGCCUUCCUGCUCCUGGUUCCAGGCAGUAGACAAGCUGCUACUCUGGAGAAGCCCAUACUGUCUCUACACCCACCUUGGACUACAAUCUUCAAGGGCGAACGAGUCACCUUGCGGUGUGAUGGGUACCAACCUCUGCUCCUAGAGCUCCGACCCAUUAGCACUCUCUGGUAUUUGGGCCAUCUGCUUCUGCCCUCACACAAGAGGAGCAUUGAGGUGCAGACACCAGGGGUGUAUCGAUGCCAGACACGGGGAGCACCUGUCAGUGACCCCAUCCACCUCUCUGUAUCCAAUGACUGGCUGAUCCUGCAGGUGCCCUAUGCUGCGGUGUUCGAAGGCGAGUCUCUGGUCAUGCGCUGUCGCGGCUGGUACGACAAGGUCGUCUACAAGCUUCACUACUACCGCGAUGGCCAGGCGGUGCGUUAUUUCCACUCCAGCACCAACUACACCGUGCCACAGGCGCGCACCAGCGAUAGUGGGCGCUACCAGUGCUCGGGCACCAUGCGUAUCCCGGUGGAGAGCGCGCCAAUGUUCUCCGACAAGGUGGCCGUGACCGUGCAAGAGCUGUUCCAGGCGCCGGUGCUGCGGGUGAUAGGCCGGGUAGAGGCCCGCGGCGCGGCUCCCGGCGGGGUGGCGGUGCGCUGCGAGACGCGCCUGCACCCGCAGAAACACGACACGCCGCUGCAGUUUGCCUUCUACAAGUACAGUCGGGUCGUGCGCCGCUUUGACUGGGGCCCCGAGUACACUGUCCCGGAGCCCGAGGUUGAAGAGCUCGAAUCUCACUGGUGCGAGGCGGCUACUGCCACCCGCAGUGUCCGGAAACGCAGCCCCUGGCUGCAGCUCCCAGGGCGUGGUUCUCUGGACCUGGAAUUCACCACCGUGCCUGCUCCACAGGCCGCAGCCUUGGCGCCCAUUAACAAGCCACUUUCCUUCAGAAAGCCUCCGGUGUUCAAAUCGGUCCCAUUUGUCACCUCCAUCCCAAACACCACCUCAUCGGGACUGCUGUUCCCCUUGGGCAGCGCCCCUACUGCUGGACCUCCAGCCUGCGCUCCACCGACGCCCUUGGAACAGUCAGCCAGAGCCCUGAAACCCGACGUGGGCCUUCUACUCCGAGAAAUGCAGCUGCUCAAAGGCCUUCUGAGCCGCGUGGUCCUGGAGUUAAAGGAGCCACAGGCUCUCCUGGAGCUGACGGGAACACCAGAGACCCCCACUUUCCACUUAGCUGUGAGCAGCAGUAAGCUGGAGACCACUACUGUGGAGAGCUGAGGCGGGCGUCUACCCUUCCCUCUCUAGGAUCAUUCACCCCUGGUCUCUCAGUGGUAAUCUUCCUAAGCCAUCUCUGGUUUUCAGAAGCCAGUUCCCUCUCUGUUUGCCUCCCUUUGUUUUGUUGUGGCUUUUAAGGAAGCACCCAUGCAGUGUAGUGGCUGACAAUUUCAACUACAAGCAGCACAGAUGAGCAGUUUGUAGCCACAAGGCAUUCCCUUAGGUCUGUUUCUUUAUCUCACAGAAUAGAGGAAGGAAAUAGAAACCUGUUAUUUACUACUUCAAGGUUUACAUUUGGAAGUGAAUUUAGUCAUCCUGAGUGCUUCACACAAGCCUUUCCAGUACGGGCAGUUUCUUCGUACUUAUAUUUAUUGAGUGAAUUAAGCGCUUUAGAAUAUUUUACAUAAAAUUGUAAUUAUUCAUAGUGACUUUACUCUCUGUUAGUAUUAAAAAGACUUUUAGUUCUUCUACUCAUGAGUUUAUAUCGUCAAAAUUCUGGGUUCUCACCCACAGGGGUCCACCCCACUCCCAGCCCCCACCUACCACCAUUUUUUUUCUGUUUUCCUUUUCUUUCUCCCUCCCACCUAGCCCAGUAAGCCACUUCCCCUCCUUUCCCACCGACCCUCCUCUUCGCCCCCUCACUCACCGUCCCCUACCAUGGCACCAUUUUUUCUUUCUUUACUUUUAUUUCUCUUUGCCACCUAGCUCCAUACACCACCUGCCCCUUCCCACCUGCCUCCACCGUGCCACAGUAGAGUGCCAUGAGUGUACCAGCCCUACCCAUCAGCCCCAAGAUGCAACCAUUUUUUUCUUCUUUUCUUUAUCUCUCCCACCUACCCCAAUAUGCCACCUCCCCCCUUCCUGCCUGCCCCGACAGUGACCCCAUGGACAGAGUGCCAUGGAUAGAGUGCCACCAGCAAAGCGGCCUGCUGCUGCC